AUGGCCCCCGUGCGCUCUCUUGUUUCCAGGCAGGCAGAGCGCAGCCAUACGGAGGGAUUUGGUUAUGUCCCGCUGAAGAAGAGGAGGAGAAGGGGGAGGCGGGGGCAACAGCCCGAAACAACGGGAACUGAGUGGGAUUUUUUGGUGAAGAAGGAAGGAAGCGGAGGAGAGUUGAACAGCGACAAAACCUGCCUCUCCCUGUUGCAGAAGAACAGCUCGUGUUGUCCAAUGAAUGGAGUUGCUUUUUGCCUUGUUGGAAUACCACCCUACACUGAGAACCACGGUAAAGGCCGGAGGGAUGGCCUCUCCACGGGCAGUGAAAACCCGCGGCCAGUGCUGGGGUCCCGGACCGGGCGGGACGGGGGCGUGGCCUGGAGGUGUCCAAGGACGCUGCUGCUCCACAAGAAUUCUCAGGGCUUCGGCUUCACGCUGCGCCACUUCAUCGUCUACCCCCCGGAGUCCGCUCUGCACAACAACUUCACGGACGAGGAAAACGGCAACAGUAAUGAAAAGGGCUUCCAGAAGGGCCGGCUGGAGCCCAUGGACACCAUCUUUGUUAAAAACGUGAGAGAGAAGGGUCCAGCGCACCAGGCAGGCCUCUGCACAGGGGACCGGCUGGUCAAGGUGAAUGGGGAGAGUAUUCUUGGCAAAACAUACUCACAAGUGAUCGCUCUAAUUCAGAACAGCGAGUGUGUCCUGGAGCUUUCCAUUAUGCCCAAAGAUGAAGACGUACUGCAGUUGGCGUACUCCCAAGAUGCCUACCUGACAGGCAACGAGCCGUACUCCGGGGGAGCGGAGCACCUCCCGCCCCCUCCUCCCCUCUCCUACACUCGUGCCAAGACCCAGCCUCCAGUGGGGACGCCGUCGCCUGGGUCUAUGGGCCAGAACCAGCUGGAUAACUGGACUCGCUUGCCCGGCUCCUCUGGACCCUCUUCACCUCUCGAUAACCGCUCUGCAGUGGGCAGCCCCGCCAGCUGGCAGGGGGGGCGUCCCGGAGACCCGGGGGGAGUGGGUCACAGCAGCCCCGCUCACCGCACAGAGGAGAUCCAGUACGGCAUGACCAAUCAGCAGCCUCAGGGCCAGACCAGAGGCCGGUCCUUCUCUUCUUCCUCCUCCUCUGGUCCUCUGUCCAGUCCUCUGCAGGUGCACUACCCAAACCACACCUCGUCACAGCCCAGGGGGUCCAGCUCGGCCUGGACCAGCCCUCCACCCCCCCACCUUGGCCCUGAGCGCACGCAACAGGCGCUCUCCGACUGGUACUACAGCCAGAGGCCUGAGCGCUCUGGUCGCACACAGAGCCGACAGCGCAGCUACUCUCAGGACCGGCUCAGUGACUACAAGAGACAGCAGCGGCCGGGGGGCUGGCCCCACAGCGCGUCCCAGGACACACUGUUCCUGGUGCAGCAGUCUGGACCCGGACCUCAGGGAGACCCCUACUGGUCCUACGGGGACUAUGAGUCAGGACCGGGGCGGGGGCCUUCCUCCAACUACACACGGACGCGCUCUGAGAACCUGCUGGCUCAGUACGACCACCGGGGGCGCUCUAUGGAGAUGCUGGACCGCACCACCGUCCUGGUCUCCCCUCGCUUUGACAGACCCCCACAGCCUCCCCCCAGGAACGACCUGUACUCGCGUCAAACCGGGCACCAUGUCCCGCCUCAGGCCCCUGCGGCCUCCAGACACGCUCACCCCAAACACCCCACACCCACACACCAGCCCCCCCUGCCCCCCCAGCAGCAGGCCGUGCCUCAGAGCCGGCGCCUGCCCCAUACUCAGAGCAUGGGCGACCAGCCGGUGGGUUACCGCAGCUACAGCCCCUCCUUCUACAGAAAGACUGGCCGCAUCAUGCAGGCGCACUCCUUCAGGGACCCAUCGUACUCUGGCCCACACUUGAACUGGAACACGACGAGCCCCCCAGAGGCCACACCUGCCCCCCUGGUGUCCUCAGCCUCCUCUCCGCUCUCCUCCAGCUCCUCAGAGUCCCGGGACCGCUCUUAUCGCCCCACCAACCACGACAGGGAGCGCGUGGCGGUGGAGGAGGCAGUGUCGGCCCAAACGCAGGAGGUGGUUUUGAGGCAGAAACCCCCGACGGGCAGAAGGAACGCUCAGUGCAUGAGACAGGCCCACUACGCUCUUCCCAUAGACGGACUCGAGCCCUCGCUCUUCUCCCCCGACCAGGACCUCGCACUUUCAGCUGAGAAGGUCGCUCCACGCAAACCCAACGGCAGCCUGGCACCGCUGCCCAUCGAGGACGACUCUCUGGCCUCUAUACCGUUCAUAGAUGAGCCGACCAGCCCGAGUGCAGACCUGAAGGCGCGCCACGUCCCGGCCUCCUCCGUCGUGUCCAGCGGUCUCUCUUCAGCGCCCCCUGUGGUCACCAGCCCUGCCUCCCCCACCUUCACCUUCCCCCUCACUAGGCUCUUCUCCCAGGACUGCAGCAGUAUUAAAUCGACUCGCCGUUCCUCCUAUCUUCUAGCCAUCACCACCGAGCGCUCCAAAUCCUGCGACGAAGGACUCAACUCCUUCCGGGAAGAGGGACGCGUCUUUUCAAGGCUACCAAAGAGGGUGAAAAGCUUCUUCACAGACGGGUCGCUGGACCAGCUGGGAUCGGCAGAGGAGGUUCGGUCGAAACGCCACUCGACCUCAGAGCUGGGAAACAUCACGUACAGCGACGUGCGGAGAGAAGGAUGGCUGCACUACAAACAGAUCCUCACAGAAAAGGGCAAGAAAGUGGGCAGCGGCAUGCGUCCGUGGAAGCGUGUUUUCUCCGUGCUGCGUUCACAUUCGCUGUUCCUCUACAAAGACAAGCGGGAGGCGGUCCUGCGGGGGGCUACAAUCGGGGGCGGGGCAGAGGACGACCAACCAAUCAGCAUCCGCGGCUGUCUGGUGGACAUCGCGUACAGUGAGACCAAACGGAAAAACGCCCUGCGGCUGACCACCCAGGACUUCUGCGAGUACCUGCUCCAGGCCGAGGACCGCGAGGACAUGCUAGACUGGAUCGAGGUCAUCCGCGAGAACAGCAAGACGGACAAUGAGGAGCUUGGAUUUUCCAGACAGGCCUUAAUCAGCAAGAAACUGAAUGACUACAGAAAGCAGAGUCCGACCAGCGCAAAGCCAGACUCCUCUCCCCGAUUGCACCGGAUGAAGACAAAUUUCCUCUCGCCUAAAACAGAAACCGCAUCCAGUGCCCCACGCUCGCCCAAGCCAGAAGGCAAAGAGGAAAGCAGUCCACCCAAAUCUCCUUGGGGAAUCAACAUCAUUAAAAAGCCCAAAAAGGCCGGACCCAAGGCUUUUGGAGUGAGGUUGGAAGACUGUCAACCAGGUGUCAACAACAAGUUUAUCCCGCUGAUUGUGGAGUUCUGCUGUGGUCUGGUGGAGGAAAUGGGGCUGGAGUACACAGGGAUUUACAGAGUCCCUGGGAACAACGCUAUGGUGUCACAGCUGCAGGAGCAACUCAAUAAAGGAGUGGACAUCAACCCCACAGAAGAGAAAUGGCAGGACCUGAAUGUCGUCAGCAGUUUGCUCAAAUCCUUCUUUAGAAAACUCCCAGAGCCGCUCUUUACCAACGACCAUUACAAUGAUUUUAUAGACGCCAAUCGGAUGGAAAAUGCCUCGGAUCGACUCAAAACCAUGAAGAAACUUAUACGAAACCUUCCUGAUUACUAUUACCACACACUGAAGUUCAUGGUCAUGCACCUGAAGACUGUGGCAGACAAUUCGGAUAAGAAUAAGAUGGAGCCUCGGAACCUGGCGCUGGUCUUCGGUCCAACUCUGGUGAGAACGUCUGAGGACAACAUGAAGGACAUGGUGACGCACAUGCCUGACCGCUACAAGAUCGUGGAGACUCUCAUUCAACAUGGUUUGUGGUUUUUCGAUGAAGAGAACGACAAGGAUGAAAAGACCCCAGUGGACACGGAGGACGUGCAGCCGGCUCCAAACAUUGACCACCUUCUUUCUAAUAUCGGCCGCACAGGUCUGCUCGGGGAGGCCUCAGACUCAACCAACAGUGAUUCAGCAAAAUCAAAGGCUUCAUGGGGCUCGAAGAAGGACCUCACCACCAGCCUGACUCUGUCCAUCAUGUCCGCCGUCACGGGCCGAAAGCGUCGCAAGCGCCACAACGGGCGGCGAGUGGGCAGCAGCACCGACGACGACUCGGAACACGAGCCGAUCAGACAUUUGGGGACGGAGGAGGAAGAGGAGGAAGCGGAGGAAGAGGGAGAAUCGCCAACAGCGGACGUAGCCCCUCGUGCCGAAGAAGAGAUUGACGAAGAUGACGAUGAGCAAGAAGAGGAUGUGGUGGUUGGGAGAACGCAAGAGAAGGAGGUUGUUGCGGAGGAAGUGGUGGAAAGCCAAAGGCACGAGGAGGUCGACGUACAGGUUAAAGAGACUCACUGGCGAUCUGUAGACGACGCCCGCUCUAUAGUGUCGGGCUACUCCACUCUGUCCACGCUGGGGCGGAGUUUGGGAUCAGAGGGGAGGGGUGAAGACGCCGAUGACGAGCACAGCGAACUGGUUAGCGAGACGGACAACGAGAGCGGGUUUGCAUCGCGGUCGCUCACUCAAGAACGGCCGGAGAAAAAGCCAAACAAGCCAGCCAGCCCCCAGACGCCAACCGCACCACGCAGCUUUCUAUACACGCAAUACAAGCAACCUGUGCUAGCGUCAACGAACUUGCUCGCCACGCCUACGCCCGAUCCGGGAGAGCAGAGCGACGGAACGACCACGCCGUCAUCGUUCUCGUCUUCGUCCACGGCGCACAAGCUGCACUCACGGCCCUCUUUUAACUCUCACAAACUCAUACAAUGCGACACGUUGGCUCGCAAGAAAUUAAAAGGCGAGAAAAUGAAAGCGAAGUCUUUAGAUUUGAUGGAGCUGCCAGGGAGCGGCCACAGCGACGGCUCAGAGGGAAGAGCGAGACACGAAACUUCUAAAAACAAUGCGUCUUCUGCGAGUAGCCAGGAAAGCGUGCGGCUAGCCAGAUCCAAAUCAUCCGUCGCCGAAGCCUUCAGUCUGAGAACUCCAAACGGGGGUAGAUCGUUAGCCGAACAAGUGCGCGCUCGGCUGAUGGGUUCCGCCGACGAUCUGCGUAGCGUAGGAAUGAGGAAACCGCUGUCUCCCGAAACGCGACGCAAGAGGAGAGCGUGGAGGAGGCAUACGGUCGUGGCAUCUCCGACGGAAAGUUCGGACAGACGGCCCGCUCUGAUGGUGAACGAUUUCCCGCUGUCGCCCAUAAGUCCAAACCAGGUCAAAGCACAGCGGCUGAACCAGGACACGGCAGACACUGUGGGACAGGGGACCAGGCAAGUGCCCACCUCCAGGUUUCACCAGUAUCUGUGA